UUUCAUAUUAAAAAAUAAUAUAUUCAUCAUAAAACAAUAACAAAAAAAAUAUUUUCUUGUCCUUGUGCUUAUUUGUGAAAUACAUCUGACAUUAUUCUAUAUAAGCAUUUUGUGUGCAUCAUUAAAAUCUAUAUUGCAAUUUUAAUACAAAUUCAGUUUAAGGUAGAUCUCGAAAUCUCUUACGAUGAACCGGAAUGAGAAGCAAAAAAUAACGGAAAUUCGUCUUCAACGAUAACAGUGAUUUCUUUCCAUGAUGAGAUAAAUAAAAUUAUUUUUAAAUUAAAUUAAGUUCAACAUUCUUUUUAAUAAAGAUCAUAAUGUGGCCGCGAUUGAGAAGAUCAUGUCGGACAUGGUCAAUUAUUUUUUCAAUUUUUCUGUUGAUGAGUAUUUUUUUUAUUUGGUCAUGGAAAAAGGAUGACAAAAAUAUUCGCAAUGAUUAUAUUUCUCUUCGAUUGUUAGACAAUCAAAAAGAUUACAUAGAUCGUAAAGGAAUACACGUAGUAGUAGGACAUUAUAUCGGAGAUUCUGUGGAUCCAAUGAAAACUCCAAACAUUACGAAAGAUCUUAUUAACAAAAAUAUGUUUAAUCCGCGACCAUUUGAAGGAAAGAAUGGCAAUCCAGUUAUUGUACCAGCGAAAGAUUUUUACAAAAUGCAACAACUUUUUCAAAUUAACCGAUUUAACUUGAUGGCUAGUGAUAGAAUACCAUUAAAUCGCACUUUACCGGAUGUUAGAAGAAAAGGAUGCAUAACACGAUAUAUGAAUUUAGGUAAUUUACCCAAAACAUCAAUAAUUAUCGUUUUUCAUAAUGAAGCUUGGAGUACAUUAUUGAGGACUGUAUAUAGUGUAAUUGAUAGAUCUCCAACACAAUUAUUAGAAGAAAUUAUUCUUGUUGAUGAUAAUAGUGAUAGAGAUUUUUUGAAGGAUGCGUUAGAUGAACAUGUAAAGAAUUUACAAGUUUCUACUAAAGUUCUUCGUUCUAAAAAACGUAUAGGUCUAGUGAAUGCAAGACUUUUAGGUGCCAAUAAAGCUAAAGGCGAAGUUCUCACAUUUCUUGACGCACACUGCGAAUGCACGGUUGGAUGGUUGGAACCCUUGCUUGAAGCAGUGGCCAAGAAUAGAACUCGAGUAGUAUCUCCUGUUAUCGAUAUAAUAAAUGACGAUACUUUUAGUUAUACUCGAUCUUUUGAAUUGCACUGGGGAGCAUUUAAUUGGGAUUUGCAUUUUCGAUGGCUAACGUUAAACGGCCGACUGUUGAAAGAAAGACGCGAAAACAUUGUUGAACCAUUUAGAACACCUGCUAUGGCUGGAGGAUUAUUUUCCAUGAAUCGAGAUUAUUUUUUUGAAUUAGGUAGUUACGAUAAUCAAAUGAAAAUUUGGGGCGGUGAAAAUUUGGAAUUAUCAUUUCGAGUAUGGCAAUGCGGUGGCAGCAUUGAAAUAGCUCCAUGCUCUCAUGUAGGACAUCUUUUUCGAAAAUCAUCACCAUAUACAUUCCCAGGUGGUGUUGGAGAGAUUUUAUACGGAAAUCUCGCUAGGGUAGCUUUGGUUUGGAUGGAUGAAUGGGCAGAAUUUUAUUUUAAAUUUAAUGCAGAGGCAGCUAGAUUAAAAGAUAAGCAAACAAUUCGAUCUAGAUUGGAAUUACGUAAAAAAUUACAAUGCAAAAAUUUCGAGUGGUAUUUAGAUAAUAUAUGGCCAGAACAUUUCUUUCCUAAAGAUGAUCGUUUUUUUGGACGGAUUGUGCAUAUAUUAUCAAAGAAAUGCAUUAUGCGACCAUCUGCGAAAGGAACAUAUUCUCAACCAUCAGGAUAUGCAAUCCUUCAUUCAUGUGUUCCACGGCCAUUACUUAAUCAAAUGUUUGUGAUGACAGCGGAUGGAAUUAUAAUGACUGAUGAAAGCGUUUGUUUAGAUGCACCUGAGAAUGAUACACAUCAAACGACACCAAAGGUUAAAAUAAUGGCAUGUAACAGUCAUAUUAGACAAAAAUGGCAAUAUGAUAAACAAGCACAGACAUUUUUACAUUUAUCUUCUGGAAUGUGCUUACAAUCAAAUAAUGAAGAAGGUCCUGUGAUAGCAGCUUGUACAAAAAACAUGGAUCAGAAAUGGUUAUUGGAAUCAAUUCCUUGGAAAUAAUAUUAUCAAUAAUUUUUGAAUAUUGUAUGCAAUAAAUGCAAGAACAUUAAAGACAAUAGUUGUAGAUAUAAGAAAAAUAUAUCUAUAUUUUUCGAAAUUGUUUUAAUCAGAAAUUUAAUUCAUUUUUAUUUUUAUAUACGUCAAUUUUUUAAAAAAAUAUUUGUAAAUAAAUUUAUAUAUACUUCUAUAAAAGUAUUUAUUAUUGAUAAUUUAUAAAAAGGAAUUUUUUGAAAGAUUCAAUUUAUUAAUAACAAUUGAUAUUGUGUUCAAUAAAUAUACAUACAUCGUAAUCAAUCGCAAUUUUUUCUUUAGAUUUUAUAAUAAAUGCUUAAAAUA